AAGAGCGAGUGCGCAAGGCCCGAGGGUCGUUGUAUGAGCGACUGCCUCUGACUGAAGUGGGAAGGCCCCACGCCAGUCGGGAGCCCAGUCCAAUGCCAGAAGAUGUCACACAUGCAAGCAGCCAGCGCAAGCUGCGGAUACUGUUCCUCGCCCUGGUGACGCUGAUCUGUCUCAGAGUGGAGGUGUUGAGGCAGGUGGUAGAUAACGUGCAGUGUGCCACGAAGCACUGGAACUAUUGGAUACCUCUCGUGUUCGCCGCUUGGGAGUUCUGGACUACAACGGCACCCAGGCGAAGCGGACUGGUCGUCGAGGACGAAGACCCAGACGAGAUAACGUGGCUUGACAAGGUUGUGGUAUUGCCGUACGCUCAGGUCGUGGCCACUCUCGCCGUAGCUGUCGGGGGAUGGCUAGCACUUGAUGCUGUGAGCAGUCCAACAUCUACGUACAUAUGCGCCGUUUCGUUCCGAUACUGGGCGAAGAUCCCCUGGAUACAGAGAUUGGCUUCUCUAAUAGACGUGGGCAUAGUUUUCACGUUGGACCAGCUACUUACUUCCAAACAGGCAAAGAAGCUGCUAAGCAUAGCCAAUCGUUUCGCGCUUGUCGGCGCUGCACUACUGAUCGCUGCUGGCUUCUGGCUGGUAGUUGGUGGCGUGUACUGGUACGUACAGGAAACUGGCCGGAAGUGGCUCGCCACCAUACCACAAGUCUACUUCUGGAGUGUGGUAAGGCUUAAUGUAUACAUCGUACUCACCCUGGUCUGCGCUCUACUCGCCGUGCAUCAUAUUGGCAUCCUCUCUGCCUCUUUGAUAGCAACCUUCACCAGCGUCCUCACAACAGCAACUGCUACUGCAUGGAAUAAUGCUCAUCCUUUCCCGCCAAUGCGAAUCGGCUCCGCUUUCGUCGGCAUCCUUCUGCUACUCAUCGGCAUCUGGUUUCACUUCAGAGUAGCAUCCUCGAUUCAACAUAGCCACGCGGCCCACGCCAUCUCCGCCGAGCGCCUGCUUCAUAGAGUUCCGACUUGGAUGCAUGUUGUCCUUUCGGCCUUCAUGUUCCUCUGGCUAGGACUUUGGCUAUCCUACCAUAAGGAGGUUUCCUUUCAUCCCAUUGAUAUGCUCAUGUACGAAGCGGAAGCUCGGCACGAAGCUUUUGUUGCACAAGCGGCCUCUAGUAAGUCUCUAGCAGAAGCUGUCCAGGAGUAUCGCGCACGAUACAGACGGCAUCCGCCUCCCGGCUUCGAUGACUGGUACAAUUUUGCCACGAGUCGCAACUCGUCUGUCAUCGAUGAUUUCGAUAAUGUAUACCGGGAUUUAUUGCCCUUUCAUACGCUCACUCCUGCUGAACUACGCGAGCGUACGUGGACGCUCAUCUCGAAUCCUUGGAACGAUGUAGUGGGGAUUUCCAUACGCGACGGUCAAGCAGCGAUCUCGCCAAAUGUUGUGCCCACCCAUAUGUGGAUGCUGGAGGGCAUCGUUGGGAUGAUCAGCAAGUUUGCGGACAAGCUACCUGACAUGGAUCUUGCUUUCAAUCUGAAUGACGAGUGCCGGGUGUCAGUCCCGUACGAAGUCAUCGAGCCCAUGCGUAGAGCUGGUCGACAGGCCCACAUGCCAGAUCAAGCCAACAGAUCGUGGUCACCUAGCCGAAGCAAUCAGUGGAAGCCUAUCCCUGAGCAGCCACUGGUGCUUACUCCACUGGCAGAAGCCUCGUGGGAGCCCAUAUUCCAUCGGUUCGGCAACCAGGGCUGCCUACCGAGCUCCGCUGCCCGCACACAACGAAGAUGGGACAGGUCCUCGUACUGCAGAUCUUGCGCUCACCCCCACUCCAUGGGUGCCUUUAUCGCCAAUUGGACGAUAGCAGGCGACAUCUGUCAUCAACCCGAUCUUGCAGACUUGCACGGCUUCUACCUCUCACCAGCUGCCUUCAAGGCGAGCACUUACCUCUUCCCUAUCUUUUCCCAGAGCAGAGCCGGCGGCUUCAACGACAUCCUCUAUCCCAGCGCGUGGAACUACCUCGAUAAGGCCAGAUACGAUCCCAAUCCAGAUCAUCCAGACCCUUCCUUCGCCGAGAAGAAGUCCGUCCUGUUCUGGCGUGGCGCCACAUCCGAGGGUUUCUCCCACGAAGGCAACACAGGCCAAUGGCGAGGCAUGACCCGACAACGCUUCGUCCAUCUUGCAAAUAACAUCAACUCUACAACGCCGCAUGAACACCUUCUGAUUAAAUCGCCAGCAAACCCCGACAAGCUAACAUACCAGAAUUUCGCCAUCAGUCAAUUGUCGUCCGUCCUCGUGACCGAUGUCCACUUUGUCGAAUCUAUCGUUCGCUGCGGCGGCCGCGAUUGCGGCGACCAAGAUCAUGAGUUCUCCCCUCUAUUUACACCACUAGACUUUCAGUCGCACUGGCAAUACAAAUACCUUCUCGAUCUCGACGGCGCCGGCUUCUCGGGUCGAUUCCUCCCUUUUCUGAAAUCAAACUCCUUACCUUUCAAGGCAGCUCUGUUUCGCGAGUGGUGGGAUGACCGUGUUCAAGCUUGGAUUCAUUUCGUCCCGCUUGACCUACGCGGUCAGGGGCUGUGGGCCACGCUGGCCUAUUUCCAAGGACUAUCCGCCAAAUUCCCUGGAAUGAAGCAGGACGUUGUUGUGGACGCGCAUCAGAGAGAAGCUGAGAGAAUUGCCAGACAGGGGAGGGAAUGGGCUGAUCAAGUGUUGAGGAAAGAGGAUAUGGAGAUCUACAUGUUUCGAUUGCUGUUGGAAUGGGGUAGAUUGACUGAUGAUGGUAGGGAGGAGCUGGGAUUCACACUGAGCGGAUAAUGAAUGGCACAUGCUGAGCUGGAUGAUACAUGACGAUUAAACACGAGUUGCAUGUGAAACAGGCAAAGAGUGCUGAGCUGCUGGAGGCCGCGAGUCCCAUCGCGCGUGAGGAUACAACCAACAUGUGCACUCCGCCGCCGCUUUGCCGCCAAGGCCUUGGGACUCGGGACAACCUCGACAUUGGAAAUGACAUUACGGAGUCUCGGGGAGGCGAUCGAGGGCGCCGCGGACUUAUGCAACGAAGAUGACGAAAGUGACUAACCACUGUCAACGAGAAGCACAUGAACGGAUGGGUCUUCACGCUUCUGAGAUUUCGAUCCGUCUAUCGAUUCGUCAUCGGACUCCAUUGACCUUAGAAUGUCCAUCCGCUGCCCGCUUCAGCAGGCCCUUUUCGAACCAUAUGGCGUCAAGAAGAUCUCUUCUUGCCUUUUCGGCUUUCCAAAAAGAGCUCAGAGGCAACGGGCUACGAGAAAAGUCCGAAGCCUGGGGGUUCUGGAAAAUACCAUCUCCGGAUUCACGACUUAUGGAAUGAAUGCUUGCUUCUCUAGCAAUGCACCGGCGAGUUUCUGGAAUACGGCCGCAGACUCUAUACGCCUAGCAUUUCUGCAAGCGACGUACGAUGGUCACAAAAGAGCCUGUCCUCCGGUCGUCGGCUCUUACCGGCGGGUUCCGAUAUGUUACCUGCAGUCUGCAGAGGCUGCUAGCUCUGCAAUGCUCGAACUACAGUAGCUGAAGCAGCUAGGCUAGGCUGAUCACUUUGGUUUUGGGGGGAGAGGGAGCGGGGACCCUCGUUCUCACAGAACACAAGGCCACUCGACCGUCUUCUCAUUCGUGCAGGAGAAACGGCCCUUCUGCUGAUGAGAAUCGAGUCCGGGAUUUUUUCUUUUCCUAGGUGUGUGUCGCUAUACCGCAAAGAAGCUACCGUAAACUUAAGUCACUCUUGCAGUAUCCGUCGUAGCAAGGGCCUCGUAUUUCCAC